AUGGCUGCUACUGCAAAACUCUCGGAGCCGAUUGAGACGCGGCUGUUCAUCAACGGCGAGUUCCGACCAUCUUCAGAGAACAAGACCUUUGAGGUGAUCUACCCCUUCACCAAAGAGCUAGUCGCAAAUGUUCACGAAGCCACCACCGAAGACGUCAAUUCCGCCGUCGCCGCCGCCAAUGCCGCAUUCCCUUCCUGGCGCGAUCUCGGCGUCGGCAAACGAGGCGAGUAUCUGCGCAAACUAUCAAGUCUCAUCCUAGAGUCAAAUGACGAGUUUGCAAAGCUCGAAACCCUAUGCACCGGCCGGCCCAUCACGCAGUACAUUGACGCAGGCCUGGCAGCCGAAAAAUUCAGAUACUUCGCUGAAACGGCGUGGUCUGCGCAGGGUACGGCCAGUUUCAACACGCCCGGGUUCCUGAACAUGACCUUUAAGCAGCCUUACGGCGUGGCGGCUCUGAUCAUCCCCUGGAAUUUCCCGCUGGCUACUUUCUCCAUGAAAGUUGCGCCGGCGCUGGCGGCAGGGAAUACGGUUGUCUUGAAGAGUAGUGAGAAGGCACCGCUGACGGUUUGUCUUGUCUGGCUUCCCCCUGGCGUAGUCAAUGUCAUCUCCGGCUUCGGCACCCCAACAGGCGAAGCAAUGGCGUUGCACAUGUCGGUCCGGUGCCUCAGUUUCACCGGCUCGACGCUGACAGGCCAGAAGAUCCAGGCCGCGGCAGCAAAGUCGAACCUAAAACAUACGCACAUGGAGCUAGGCGGAAAGUCACCAGCUAUCGUAUUCGAGGACGCAGACCUCGAGGCCGCAGCGGCCGCAACACAGCUCGGCAUCAAGCUAAACAGCGGACAGGUAUGUGUCGCCAACUCACGGGUGUACGUGCAUGAGUCCGUCGCCGAGCGAUUCACCCAGCUCUUCCGCGAGAAAUUCGCCGCUAUCCAAAUGGGCGACCCCAUGGAUCCGAAUACGACGCACGGUCCCCAGAUCGAUUUUCUGCAGUACAACCGCGUGAAAGAGUACCUGUCCAUCGGCCAGAAAGACGGUACAUGCACGCAGGGUGGAGACGCCAACAACGGCUUCUUCGUGCAUCCGACUGUCUUCGAGCGUGUGCCGGAGGACUCGCGACUCAUGCGCGAGGAGAUCUUUGGGCCCGUGGUUGCUAUCAACACCUUCAAGACAGAGGAAGAGGCUAUUGAGAAGGCGAAUAAUACCGAGUUCGGGCUGUAUGCUUCCUUCUUCACGAAGGAUAUGGAUCGUGCUAUGCGUCUGGCCAAGCUUAUCGAGUCUGGUAUGGUUGCUGUGAAUUGCACCUGUCCGUCUCUUACGAUGGAUACGGCUUUUGGGGGUGUAAAGAUGAGUGGGAAUGGCCGUGACGGAUAUCUGUAUAGCUUGGAUGAAUACCUGGAGACGAAGUCGGUUUUGGUUAAGAUGGGUUAG